AAAAACGGUGGAACUUGUUUCAUGGAUGGAACGAACGUAAAAUGUUCUUGUGGAAAUCAAUUCUCCGGCGAUUUCUGUCAAAACGAACUACGACAGUGGAUUGGGGAAGUGGUGGUAACAAUACUCGUGCUUCUCUUACUGUUUGCCGUCAUCGCUCUAAUUUGGAUAAUUUUCAAGAAAAGAAACAAAUGUUUAAAGUCAACGGGAGCAACGACAAAAAGUGAACCGAAACCUUCCACUUCAAAGAAUAUCGACGCCCCCAAGCCACCACCGGGAUUUCCAGUUUAUGUUAACACAAGUUUUCAAGGGGGGGACGAUCAUGUCUAUGAACAAUGAGAUUUCCUCUGCUAUUACGAUUAUGCGUAGAUAUGUGCACAUUUCUUUAGAAAACGUAU